AUGGUGGAGACUCCCAGCGCCCCUACAGGGGACGGCGUAUCCCUUUCGCUGGGUUCCGUCAACAGCGACGACCUGGUCUUCGGCACGGAAUCCCUCACGGCCGGCGCCGGCUCCACCGUGACCGUAACCUACACCAACAACGCCAUUACACAGCAGCACAACUGGGUCCUGGUGCAGAACGGCGCCAAGGACGACGUAGCCCUUGCCGGAGCGUCAGCGCCAACCACCGACUGGCUCCAGCCGGACGAUCCCAACGUAAUUGCGAGCAUUCGGUUGCUCAACCCGGGGGAAUCUGGGCAGGUCACGUUUACGACUCCCGCAGCAGGGACAUACCAGUUCGUGUGCACCUUCCCGGGCCACAACGCCACCAUGCACGGUACAUUUGAGGUGACGCCCUAG